AUGGCACCUCCUUUCCUUACACUACUUGUUGCGUUGAACGCUAUAACCGCCACGGCCAGGACUGUUCCUCCGGUUGAUAAUGGCCAAAAUACAAGUCUCGAAGACGUUAACAAAGACAACUUGAUCGACAAUACGUAUGAAAACUUGCUCCCUCAGGUCCCAGCCACAGAGCUAGAACCAGGCAACUUCGACAACGGGCCCAACGACGAUGAUUUGGUUGUGACCUCGAAAAUAGACGACAUCCUAGGGCGUCGGGCUCCUCGCCGUCCCUCGAGGCGCCCUGCUUUUCGUCAUAAGAACCGCCCGGAUGGUUCUAGUAACCGACAUGACGAUAGUUCUAAUAACGGUCCUAGCAACGCCCCAAACAACUUCCCAAAGGAGGGUCCUAGCGAUGCUCCCAAGAAUAGUCCCAAGGACAGUCCCAACAACGGUCCCAACGACGCCCCCGAAAAUGGUCCCAAGGAUAGUCCCAAGGACGCACCAACCGACGCUCCUAAAGACAGUCCUAAGAACAACCCUAGCGAUGCCCCCAAAGACGCUCCCAAAGACAGUCCUAAUAACAGCCCUAGCAACGCUCCGAAGGAUUCCCCAAAGAAUGGCCCUUCAGACGCUCCUAAGAAUAGCCCCAAGGACAACCCAAGCGAUGUUCCCAAAGACGCUCCCCAGGACAGUCCUAACAACGGCCCACAAGACGCUGACAAGAACGCUCAACUCAACCAACUGCAAAAAAUCAGCGAGUGGGUUGAAGUAGCCGCCAACGGUGCUUCACUGAUCGACUCCACGCUCAGUAUUGCCAAGACCUCUAUUGAAUUAGACGAUGGCCGAAAACUACUACCCAAUGGCUUGGUUUACGAUCCCAAAACCAAGAAGCAGUCCACAUGCAACGGAACAGCUGUGAGCGAUACUACAACUCCACCUGUUGCUGGUAACUCGACGACUGCUCUGACUAUCAAGACACCUGUUGCUCUCUGUCGAGGACCUUCUGAUGGCCAAUAUAUCCUAUCCAACAACUACACUUACAACGAGAAAACCAACGAGUAUCUUGGUAAUGGGAAGGGCUGGCAUUCUAUACCCGACGCGCCUAAGCCUACUAUCCUCGGGAAUGUCAAGUGGCCCGCUAGCGGUGUGCCGUCUGUACAGGUCAACGCUGCGCCAAAAGUCAUGGGUUUGAGGGGCGGAAAAUGUUUCCUUAAUGCUACUCAUUUCUACAUAAAUGGCGGAAACUACUGGACAAAGGAAGUCGGCUGGUACGUCGACCUUACAGCACCUCUGCCGGAUACCACAGGCCAUGACUGUGCCACAAAGUCAAGCUAG